CACUAUAUAAUCAUUUCUCCGCUCUUCUGCUCAACGACGUUUCAGAAGCUUCACACUAAAACCUUUCCCGAUUUCGCUUCUUCUCUCGAUCGAGCUGGUAACCAUGGCGUCUUCUCUCGCCCUCAGGAGACUCCUCUCUUCCUCUGUCGUCCCACGCUCCGUGCGCGCCACUCGUCCGGCUGCGGCUUCUCGCCUCUUCAACACAGACGCCGUCAGGAGGUACGACGACGAUGAGAUGGAGCACGGCGUAGAGGUCGAUCGCCGAUCCGGCAGAUCGGUAUCUCGGCGACGCAACGAUUUCUUCUCAGAUGUGUUUGAUCCGUUUUCGACGACGAGAAACCUGAGCCAAGUGCUGAACCUAAUGGACCAGUUCAUGGAGAAUCCUCUGCUCUCAGCGACGCGCGGCAUGGGCGCAUCGGGAGCUCGCCGCGGAUGGGACGUGAGAGAGAAAGAAGACGCACUGUAUCUGCGAAUCGACAUGCCUGGGUUAAGCAAAGAGGACGUGAAGCUUGCCUUGGAGCAGAACACUCUGGUCAUCAGAGGGGAAGGCAAAGAAGAAGACGACAACGUAGCCGCCGCCGCCGGCGGAGAGGAGGUGGAGAACCGAGGAGGAAGCGGUGGCCGGAGGUACACGAGCAGGAUAGAGAUGCCGGAGAAAGUGUACAAGACGGAGGAGAUAAAGGCGGAGAUGAAGAACGGCGUGUUGAAAGUGGUGAUCCCCAAGGUGAAGGAAGAGGAGAGAAGUGAAGUGCGCCACAUCGAGGUCCAAUAAAACGGCACCGCUUUUAAAUGACGAGGGUUUCUCUUUUUCCUCGUUAGGGUUCCAAUAAAGAUGUGUUGUGUUCGACUGUUGCUUUGGUGUUUGUGGAUAAGGAAGGUUUUGUUUCCUUAACUAAAUAGUUCCGUCUCUUUUGGUUAUUGGUAUUUACAUGUAAUUUAUCAAAAAUACCUUUAAAAUGUUACUAGGAGGGUGUCUAUA